AUGGAGGAUAAAAGUAUCCAAAUGGUACGUCUAAGUGCUGUUCGAUUAAGAGGAAAUUUUCUUCAGUCUGGCUCGGAGGAACUGGCUUCUGAUUUAUUCUGUCAGUUCUCUGCGAGGUUCUCUCCUACACUGGCUGUUGCCAAUAACAUGUAUCAGAUUGAUCGUUUUAAUCUUACAAGCUACUACGAAAAUGAUUGCCCCAACAUUAAUACCUUAUGGGCUUCACUUAUUAUUGAAGAAUGUGUUCGACUUGGUGUAACGUAUUUUUGCAUAGCUCCGGGAUCGCGAUCAUCUCCACUUACACUUGCUGCUUCUGCUCAUCCACUUACUACUUGUGUCGUGUGCAUAGACGAGCGCUCACUUGCCUUUAAUGCUCUUGGUUAUGCUAGAGGUUCUCAUAGACCAGCAGUAGUUAUAACAACAUCAGGCACGGCUGUUUCAAAUCUUCUCUCUGCUGUGGUGGAGGCCAGUGAAGAUUUUGUACCACUUAUAUUACUCACUGCUGACCGUCCCCCAGAGCUACUAGAUGCUGGAGCGAACCAAGCAAUUAACCAGGUCAAUCAUUUUGGACAGUUCACGAAGCAUUUUUUUGGUCUUCCGGUGCCCACUGAUGAUAUCUCUUCUAGAAUGGUCCUCACUACACUUGACUCUGCUGUUUACAUGGCAACCACUUCACCCUAUGGUCCUGUCCAUAUCAAUUGUCCUUUCAGAGAACCAUUAGGGAACAUUCAGAUGACAUGGGAGAGUAGAGGUUUAAAGGGAUUAGAAAAUUGGAUGUCAACUUCAGAACCAUUUACAACCUAUUCCCAGGUGCAGCAUUCUGUUUCAUCUAAUCAGUGUCAUGGACUUAUGGCUGAAUUGGUCAAGCUAAUUCAAGGAGCGAAGCAAGGGCUUUUAGUGCUUGGUGCUCUUCAUACAGAGGAUGACAUAUGGGCAGCUCUUCUCCUUGCUAAACACCUGAAUUGGCCAGUUGUUGCUGGCAUCUUGUCAGGGUUACGCUUAAGAAAAUAUAUGGCUUCCUUUUCAGAAAUUGAAGAAAACAUUAUAUUCCUAGAUCACCUAGAUCAAAUGCUUCUCUCAGGUGCAGUCAAUGACUGGAUGCAAGCUGAUGUGAUAAUUCAGAUUGGUGGUCGGUUAGUUAGCAAACGCAUUUCAAAGAUGCUUGAAGGUUGCUUUCCUUGCUCCUAUAUAAUGGUUGACAAGCAUCCAAAACGUCAUGAUCCUUCUCACAUUGUAACGCACAGGAUCCAGAGUACCAUCAUGGAGUUCACUGUUUGUGUAACAAAAGCUUGUAUUCCACAUGAUAACACCAGAUGGAAAGCAUUUCUACGAGUUCUCAACUCAAUGGCUGCCCGAGAAAUCUCGUCUCUGAUUGAUUUAGAACAGUCUUUGACUGAACCUUAUAUUGCACAUGUAGCAUUGGAAAAUCUUCGAUGUAACUCUGCUAUAUUUAUCGGAAACAGCAUGGCAAUACGCGAUGCAGACAUGUAUGGGUAUAACUGGGCAAAAUGUACCCAUGAAACUUCAGAGAUGCUGAGCUCAGGAUUCCAAUGUCACCGUAUUCAGGUUGCUGGGAAUAGAGGAACUGGUGGCAUAGACGGGCUGCUUAGCACGGCUGUUGGAUUUGGUGUUGGCUGCAACAAACAUGUUCUUUGUCUAAUUGGAGAUGUUUCUUUUCUGUAUGACACAAAUGGACUGUCACUACUGAGACAAGGGGUAUUGCGGAAGCCAAUGAUUGUAAUUGUAAUAAACAAUCAGGGUGGUGCAAUUUUCAGUCUCCUGCCAUAUGCAAAGCUGACAGAUCACAAAAUUCUAGAUCAAUUUUUCUACACAUCUCAUGAUGUUGCUAUUGGGGAUCUAUGCAUGGCACAUGGCAUGAAGCAUGCACAAGUUCAGACAAAGAAGGAAUUGGGUGAAGCUUUAUUAACAGCCCAGCAAGAAAACUGUGACCACGUCAUAGAAGUAAAGAGCUGCAUUGAUAACACAGCGACCUUUCACAGUCAUUUGGGGGCAUCCAUUUCUCAGGCCAUUGAUCAUUCUUUAGGUGUGCUUUCAAAGCUUUCACAAUCAGAAACAACCUUACAUGGAAGUUCAAGUAUUAGAAUCUCUAAAAUGGAGUAUUCUCUGUACAGGAUUCCAUUAAGAGCUCCACCAACUUCAUCUUCUGGCAAUAAUAACUCUUCCAUAUUCUACAGAGAAGGAUUUGUCAUAAGCUUGUGCCUUGAGGGUGGAGGUACUGGGUUUGGGGAGGUGGCACCCCUUGAAAUACACAAAGAAAACCUGCUGGAAGUUGAAGAGCAACUUCGCUUUCUUAUUCAUGUUAUAGAAGGAAGAGAAAGUACUUAUUUUCUUUCACUGCUUAAUGGGUCUAUAUCAUCUUGGAUAUGGAAUUGCUUGGGAAUAUCGCCAGAUUCCCUAUUUCCAAGUGUGAGAUGCGGCUUGGAGAUGGCUAUACUCAAUGCUAUUGCAGCCAGCAAAUCUUCCAGUUUAAUAGACAUAUUCCAUCCAAGGACAGGAGAAUUACAUACAAAGGGGACAGCUGUGAAGAUAUGUGGCCUCAUUGAUUCCAUUGGAGGUCCCACAGAUAUGGCUUCUGCUGCAUCUGCCCUUGUUGAAGAGGGUUUUGCUGCUAUAAAAAUAAAGGUGGCACGUAGGAGCAACCCCAUCGAGGAUGCCAUGGUUAUACAAGAGGUUAGAAGAAAAGUGGGGAAUCAUGUUGAAAUCCGUGUUGAUGCCAACAGAGGUUGGACAUUUUCCGAAGCAGCAGAGUUUGCUAAUUUGGUGAAAAACUGCAACCUACAGUAUAUUGAGGAACCUGUUAAGGAUGAAGAUGAUAUUGUCAAAUUUUGUGAAGAAACUAACUUACCUGUGGCACUUGAUGAGACUGUGAACAAUACAAGAGCAAAUCCCCUGGAGGUCAUAAACAAUUACACCCACUCUGGAAUUGUUGCGGUGGUUAUUAAACCAAGCAUGCUUGGGGGUUUUGAGAAUGCGGCAUUGGUUGCUCAAUGGGCUCAGAAGCAAGGGAAGAUGGCGAUUGUUAGUGCUACAUUUGAGAGUGGCUUGGGACUGUCCGCCUAUACUCAGUUCUCAAGUUAUCUCAAUCUGCAAAAUGCUGAAAUACGUAGGUUGAUGAAAAAGGAACCAUCACUAUGCUUAGCUCAUGGUCUGGGGACCUACAAAUGGCUUAAAGAAGAUUUGAGUGUAAAGCCUGCAGAGGUCCAUUUCAAUUCAAACAAUGGAUUUGUAGGGGCCUCUGUUGUUGAUACUGCUCAAUUCCUGCAGAGGUUUCAAGUCAACCAAAAUGUCAUUGUUCGAACUUUUGAUGAAGAACAAGUUCGUAACUACCAGCUACCUGUUGAUUUUGAGGGUGUCUCCUAUUCCAUCAAUGUGCUAGAGACGGGAAAAAGAGUUGGAGACUAUGUAUUCGUCUUUCUUCAUGGCUUUCUUGGAAGGGGUGAAGAUUGGAUGCCCAUCAUGAAAGCCUUCUCAAGAUCAGUAAGAUGCAUAGCAAUUGACCUUCCAGGUCAUGCCAGAUCUGACGUGAAAUAUCAGGCUGAUAAUGGUUCUAUGAAGCGGCACAGUUUGUCAGUUGAUGCUAUUGCUGGUAUGUUAUGCAAGUUUAUUACUAAUGUGACCUCUGAAAAGGUUAUUCUUGUUGGGUACUCAAUGGGAGCAAGGAUCGCCUUACACAUGGCUUUAAAAUAUGAUGAUAAGAUUGAUGGAGCUGUUAUAAUCUCCGGAAGCCCUGGAUUGACAGAUCCUGGGGCAAGGAAGGUCCGUCGAGCAAAAGAUGAUUUCAGAGCCAGCUCCCUUGUUUCUCACGGCCUAGAGCACUUUUUAGGUGCCUGGUAUGUUGAGGAGAUAUGGAAUAGCUUAAGGAGCCAUCCACAUUUCAGUGAAAUAGUCACUGAUCGCUUGCAGCAUGAUGAUUUGCACACUCUUGCUAAAGUACUGUCUGAUUCAAGUAUUGGGAGACAACAACCAUUGUGGGAAGACCUGAAGCAGUGCAACCUACCACUUCUACUCAUUGUUGGAGAGGAUGAUGCCAAGUUUAAACAAAUUGCCAAAAGGAUGCUCCAUAAAAUCAGCCAUAGCACCAGGAUGAAAGCUACUCCAGCAAUAGUCGAAGUUCCAAAAUCUGGCCACGCUGCACAUCUUGAGAAUCCUCUUCAUGUAAUAUAUUCUUUAAGGCAGUUCUUGAACAGAGUCAAAACCUUGAGUUCACUUCAAACGCAAAAUGCAGUAGUAGAUAGUCAUCGUGACAUUCCCCGUCAGGUUUCAAAGAUAAUGUAAAAAAACGAUAAGUUGGUUCAAUUCUUGGCCUCA